AGUGAUGUGAGCUUGUCUGGGCCUGGAAUGUAACUCACCACGAUAUGAGCGUUCUUACUUUUGUGUCAAUUGUCUGCUGCUCUCGGUUGAGAUGGAGGGAACCCGUUUGAUUGAUUCUGUCUUACAUUUACUCACGGUCUCGCAAAGUAGCCACCGGUGUCAACACCUUCUUGUCAUCUCACCAUCUUCUGCUGUAGGGAGCCUGCUUUGCAGGGGGUUGGACUCGAUGAUCUCUAGAGGUCCCUUCCAACCUCUAAAGUUGUGUGAUUCUGUGUUCUUCUGUUCUAGAAAGCUGAUAACGUUUUAUACAAAAUGAGGAGGAGCAAUAUGGUGGUGUUCCCACUAGUAGCAAGAUGUUACUGGUAGUCUCCUCUAUAUUCUAAGGCAGAGGAAUGAGAAGCUCAAAGCUAAUAAGCUAUUGCUUGUUCUGGGUGGGGGGUGGGGCGGGGGGGCCAGAAUUCAGAGACAGGAAAGGAGUAGGUUGAGAAGGCUGUGUCCAAGUCAGUAAGCUGUGCAAGAGUGGCUUUGGACUUGAGACACUGGUACAGGUUACUCAGUAAUGUAGAUGCUCCCUCCCUGAAGAUGUACAAGGCCAGGCUGGAUGUGGCUUUGAGCAACCUGGUCUGGAGGGAGGUAUCCCUGCCUAUAGCAGGGGUUGGAACUGGAUGAUCUUAAAGGUCCCUUCCAACCCAAAUCAUUCUGUGAUUCUAUGAACAGGUUUCAUCUUACAGCCGAGAGGCCAAAUCAUGGGGGAAGUGCAACAAAUGACUUCAUAUAGAUAUUGUGUCACUGGGGAGAAUAAUAAGAUAAACAUGCGAAUCGCAGUUUUGCAAGCUGUGCUUAUUGUUUCCACUGUAACUUAAAACAUCCAUGCAGCAAGGGUAGGUUGAAGCUUUGUGAAGCUGAAAGAGAAUUCUCUGGGGAGCAAUCAGUGUUGAAUAACCCAUCUGGGACCGAUGUGGUGACUGACGGAGACAAAAGCUGGUGUGAAAUGAAGCUGGAACCAGAUUUUCCAAGAUGCUUGAUGUGAUGGAUGCCCACAACAAACAACCAUAGAAUUAAUUCAGCAAUAUGUCAAAGUCAUACACAACAUAUGAAAAAAAUAUGUCUUAUUUUCUUCACAGGUAACAGCUUUGUGUCCUUUGGGAAGGCUGCUCUCUGCUGCUGCAGUCUUCUAACAUGGUUUAGCCUACAAUGCUGUGCUACAAUUACUACAGCAUCACAGAAUUGUUUGAGUUGGAAGGAACCUACCUAAUGUGAUGUAAAGUAUCAAGAAAUGUCUGAAGAUGUAUUCCACAAAGCAUGGGCACUUUGCCUACUAAAAAGUGAAGCAGAAGAGCAGUACUCAAUGCAUACACACUAGAUUUCUUCUCGUUUUGUUUUGUUUUUGAUCUGCGUUGAUAAAUAUUUCAGCGAUUCACUGAAAUAAUUUCUAGUUUGGAUACUGUAUGGUGUAAAAUCAGCUGAGCCAUGUAUUUCCCCAGCCAAAAGCUGUCACAGAAAACAAUGGAAUUACAUCGGAGGCAACGGUGACCCACAAGUCUUUGUUUUUGUAAACAUGCCCUCCUCACCAGGGUAACUGGCUCUCAGAGGACUCUGAUACAGGUGGGGAUUCCUCCUUCUCUCCCUGAGCUUCCCUCUUUGGUGUAUUGCAUGGGUGCUCCGCUGUGUCAAGGUAUGUUGCUGUCCUGGCUGUGACGGGAUCUGAACUUCCCUGGAAUGAGAUGGAUCCCACAGGAGAGGCACCCAAGAAAAGCAAUGCAGAACAUCUAAUUGCUGACAGGCGGGAAGGAAUUGGUGUCUGCGGAUGGAUCCUGGUUUCCAUAUCUUUCCUGUUGGUGUUCAUAACCUUUCCUAUUUCUGUCUGGGCGUGUAUCAAGGUUGUCAGAGAAUAUGAACGUGCUGUUGUAUUUCGGCUGGGACGUAUACUGUCUAAGAAAGCCAAGGGACCAGGUUUGAUCCUCAUACUUCCAUGUACAGAUACGUUUAUCAAGGUUGACCUUAGAACUGUUACGUGUAACAUUCCUCCACAAGAGAUUCUCACAAAAGAUGCUGUUACUACUCAGGUGGAUGGGGUGGUGUACUACAGGAUCCACAGUGCAGUCAGUGCUGUUGCCAAUGUCAACAAUGUGCAUUCAGCCACUUUCCUCUUGGCACAGACAACCCUGAGAAAUGUACUGGGCACGCAGACCUUGGCUCAGCUCCUGGCUGGUCGAGAAGAGAUUGCACACAGUAUCCAGGCCAUCCUUGACAGUGCCACGGAGCAGUGGGGAAUCAAAGUGGCUCGUGUGGAGAUCAAAGAUGUCAGGAUUCCUGUGGCCAUGCAGAGGGUGAUGGCAGCUGAAGCAGAGGCAACACGAGAAGCAAGAGCUAAGGUUGUGGCAGCAGAGGGAGAGAUGAAUGCUUCUAAAGCCCUCAAGCAGGCCUCCAUGGUGUUGUCUGAGUCUCCAGCAGGUCUUCAGCUGCGCUACCUGCAAACGCUGACAAGUUUGGCAGCAGAGAAUAAUUCCACUAUUGUCUUCCCUCUGCCUAUUAAUUUGCUCGAUGGUUUGGGGCAUAAAAAUAGAGGGGGAUAGAGGUUGAUUGACACUGGCUGCUUGGGCUGAAACAUUUAAAGGGUUUCCCGUGAAACAAAGGGUUCCAGAUUACCAAAGUAGAAUAAAAUAAAAAUAAAACAUAGUUUAAGAACCACACAUUCUGCAUUUGAACAAAGAAAGUUGCAAAAUUCAGGCACUGAGCAGUCUUAAGUUAGACUUUUCUUGAGAUGAGAAGGAGGAAAAUAAUGUAAAAUGCAUGUUAGAUCUAAUAAGAAAAUUUAUUGAUGCUUUCACUGCAUGCUGCAUGUGCUUGAGUGUAGCAAGUGAUUUUUCUGCUAAGCAAGAACCUGUGAGCUCCUGAUCAGCUCACAAAUCUACUCCAUGAAGCAGAAGGGCCAGAUAGAGGUGCAUAAUUCAAGUCCCAUGAAACAGAAGAAAGGAUUUGGUCAUAAGCUUAGUAUGCCUAGUAUUACUUAAUUAUCAACAGAAUUACUGGAUAAUUGAUAUGUCAGUGGAAAAGCUUAUUCUUUAUCACAGAAUCAUAGAAUGGCGUGGGUUGGAAGGGACCUCAAAGAUCAUCUAGUUCUAACCUCUCUGCCACAUGUAGGAUUGCCAUCCGCUAGAUCAAGUACCAGAUCAGGUUGCCCAGGGCCUCAUGUAGUCUGACAGUGAACAUCUCCGACCUUAGAUAAAUGGAAAUUAGCAGUAGCUUUACUGACCUCAUCUGGAUUUUGCCACAUCACUGAUAUUUCUAUAAGCUCUUUAAUAAAGGGAUGAGAAUAUAU